AAGCAGAGUUAAGCUUGACCUUAAGGCUCGUCUACGUCAAUCACAUAGUAGGUCCGCCCUAUUUAUAUACGCGCGGCAAGGUGAAACCGCUUUAGUUUCCGCGCGUCUGCUGUACCAUUCCUCAGCUGUGAAAAUCACAAAGUUAAAUCGAGUUUUAAAAUUUCUGGUGUAAACGUUAAAGAUUUUGUGACAAUUUUCCAACCUGGUAAGUAUUUUUUAUUUUAUUUAUUAAUCGCACUAGUCCUCAGUCUCUAGAUUAUAACAAAAAAAUUCAAAAUUACAGAGUUUUAUUUUAAACCGCUAGAGCAGUCGACUGCGCUCGUAACUAUAAACCGCGAAGUUCUGAGUUCGAAUCUGGGUCACGUCAAAUUUAUAAAAAGAAAUUUAACGUGAAAUUUAAUUAAAUUGUAGUGAUUAAUUAUUUAUAAUUUUUUUAGAUGUACCAACUCAAGAUCCCGUGCAGGAUGCGAUGGGCGUGAUGGGGAAAUGGCAAAUAAUCAUCACAGUUGUUGUUUCCCUUAUUAAUUUUCCGGCUGCUUGGAACCAACUCGCCAUUACAGUGAUUGCACCAGCACACAGUUUUGAGUGCGUGCAGCCUCUGCCCUACAACCGAACCAUUUCCCGCGAGGGAACUUGUAGUGUUUUAGUAAAGAACAUGUCGACAAUUGACUGCACUCUCUUUAUGUUCGAUGAAUAAGCUUUCAGUUCAACAAUCGUGAGUGAGGUAAACCUUCGACUGCUUGUCUUUUAAAUUGUUUAUUUCUGCCCAAUCUAACUAUUAUUUUUCUUUCCAGUGCAAUGCAAGCGAUCUUGAUGAUCAUCACACCAUUCAUGCCCACGUUCCCGCUGUUCUUAAUUUUCAAAAGUCUCUCUGCCGUUGCGACUGGUGGAACGAUGCUGAUGUUAUCGUCAUGGAGAUCGUCGGAACACAAGUGCGGUCAAAUAUCUUGACGCUAUACCACGUGCCGUUUGUACUGGGAAUUAUGACCGUUCCGCUGUUCUCGUACUUGACUAGAACAUGGGACGGGUACUGGCUGAUGAUUUCCGUUCCCUCCUUCGCGCUUCUAUCCUACUACUGGCUGAUCCCUGAGUCUCCCCGUUGGUUGUUGGCAGUUGGUAGAGUUAAAGAGGCUCGCGAAAUUCUGCUAAAGGCUGCUCAAACCAACAGAAUUUCCGAGACAAAAGUAACAACCGCCAUUGAACACCAUGAGAAGUUGUUGCCAUCAGCUACUAAAGACAUUAAAGCGGAAAGUGAAGAAAGAAGCUAUGGAGUCCUAGAUUUAGUAAGGACUCCAAAUAUGAGGCUAAAAACUAUUUGCAUCGUGUUCAAUUGGUUGAAGUGUGGAAUGGUCUUCUUUGGGAUUGAACACUACCUUGGACACAUGAGCGACAAUGUGUUAAGCGACCUCGCCAUAUCAGCUGCUUUCCAACUUCCUGGACUGCUCAUCGUCUUCUUCCUGAUAUCAAGAGUGUCCCGACUGAAAUUUUUGGUCGUGGCAAACGUGUUGGCGGGAAUCAGUUUACUGCUGAUCAUCCCAUUCUACACCAACGACACGAUGAAGUUGGUACUGGUGACUGUGGCCCUGACGUGCAUGACCAUCAGCUUCCCGACAAUUUACCUGUACACGGGAGAGCUGUUUCCAACUGUUGUCAGAAACAUCGGGUUCGCUGUCUGCAGCGUCGCUUCGAAGACCGGAAGCAUUUUCGCUCCUUUCUUGAUUGACUACGUUGAUGAUCUUGCGUAUUGGGUGAUUCCAGUCGUUUUCGGGAUGGGACCAAUCCUGGGGGCGAUUCUUUGCAUCUGGUUACCCGAGACAAUGAAUUGUAAACUGCCAGAGACCAUCGAAGAUGGCGAGAAUUUCAGAAGGAACAAACAGAAGAGUCCAGCGGCGUCUCCACUAUAGUCCGCCUAUUAGUUUUAGAUUUUAAAUUAUUUAUAGGAGACUAGUCACUUGUUGUAGAAUAAUUGUUGUAAAUAUUGUUUAUUAAUCUUCUAGUAUUUUAUUUUGUAAAUAAUUAUAAAUACAUUAAUUUUAAGGUUAAUAUUCAUAAAGGUAUAAGUUUCUGCGGCCGUAGCUAUUAAGCCUUAUACAAGGAUUUUAGUAUACUUAAAAUAUUUAUGAUAGUACAAAAAACUAUAAUAAGCAGUAUUAACAACCUUAUACCUAAAAACAAAGUCUAUAUGUUUUAGAUAGUAAAUUAUUUAUGAAAGACUAGUAAAUUAUUACAGUAAAAUGUAAAUAUAUUUAUUGUAAGAUUAAGUAAGUACACAUCGAAUGUAAAGACAUAGCACUUAAGACUUAUAUAAGGAUACUAGUAUACUUAUAAAUGUUUGUUAUAAUGAAAGGAAGAAAAACUAUACUCGUAUAAUAAGAAGUAUUUUAUAAUUUCAAACUUUCUGUUUUCUUUUCCAAUACCUCAUCCAAAAGACAGAACAUUUCUUCUACCGCUGAUGGCCAUACCAAUAACCUGUUGCAAAAAACGCUGUACCGUAACUAGUACAGUAAUUCUAACAGUACAAUCACUUGGCUCUAUAGUAGAAGUAGGUAUGGUCCCUAAUCAGUGCCGCCAUCUUGAAACUUGUGAAUUUGUAAAACUUC